AUGUCGAGCAGAGACGCGGUGUGCGCCCAGUCGCUGGGGACCGAGGGGGAGGCGCCUGUUCGGCAACCUGCGCCUUCGAAGGGAAAAGACCUUUCCCAGAGUCCCGAUUUGCCUGGAAACGAAGGUGCGGCACUCACUUCAGAUGUUUCCGGCAAAAGUGAAGAUGGUAGAUCCCGUCUCUCGAAAGCCUCGGAGACAGACCAGCUUGUCGCGCCGUUCGCUGAGGACGGCACACCGCAGGACUUCCAUUGGACGACACAGCCGAUACCGCACUCCUACCGGAGACGUACGAUUCUCGAAAAGCAUCCAGAGGUCGAGGAGCUGUAUGGAUAUGACAUACGCGAGGCUGUAAUUGGGGCGUUGUCUGUUUUUUUGAAUCUUUAUAUCGGAUACAAAGUUGUGCAGUGGCAGCUGGGAUGGCCCGCGGUUGUGCUGUGUACGGUCGUCAUAAGCGCCACAAUCAACCAUUCCCUCUUUCUUGUCAUGCACGAGGCGUCCCACAUGCUGUUGCUUCCAAAGCGGUGGAUGAAUGAGUUGUUUGCCAUCUUCAGCAAUUUGCCAAUGGGCACCCCUGCCGGUAUCAGCUUCAUGCGGUACCAUUUAGAUCAUCACGCCUAUACGGGUGUGGAUGUUGUCGAUGCAGAUAUCCCCAGUGAGAUUGAGGGGCGGUUGUUCAACUCCCGACUGGGCAAAUUCAUUUUCGUGCUCCUCUUGCCAUUUACCUAUUCGCUGAGGCCGAUGCUGCGAGCCCCCAAAAAGCCUACCUUCAUGGAAGCGGUCAACUGGGUAGUUAUUAUUCUCUGGGACAUUUUCGUGUAUAAGCAUCUCGGAGGGAAAGGCCUCUUCUACUUUGUCGGCGGUUCCUUUUUGUCCAUGUCCAUUCACCCCUUGAAUGGUCACCUCAUUUCGGAACACUAUCAGUUUCCCAGGGGCGAGAAGCUCCAGGAAACGUACAGCGCAUAUGGGUGGGAAAACCUGCUCACAUACAACUGCGGGUACCACCUCGAGCACCACGACUUCCCACGUAUUCCUGGAUCUCGGCUGCCGAAACUGCACAGUAUUGCGAAAGAGUUCUAUGACUUGCCUCACCACACUUCCUGGGCACGGGUCGUGUGGGACUUCAUCAUGACGAAGGAGGUCAGUCCCUUCAGCCGCGUCAAACGCGUCGCCACCCGAGGCGGGAAAAUCCCCUUCCCCCACAAACAAUUUCUUGCCGACGAAGUAAACGAACUCGGCCCCUUCUGGACGGGACCCAAAGCCGAAUGCCAGGGAACCGCCCCUGACACGAAGAAGGCCCAGUAA